CCAAAAAACAUUGCGCAAUCACGUUGGCUUCUAUUAUCCGUAUUCACCAAUGUUAGCAUACUUAUUUGUGUGUCAUGACUGAGCAGUUAUAGAUUCCCAAAUGUUGAAAAGCAGAUUGUUGGAUCUUUAACUCGUUUUUUUUUCUCCCAUUUGACUAAAAGAAGUCUUCGAGGGUCCAAGAUGGCUUCGUCCCUCAGACAGUCUAUUGGUAUGAACCUAGAGUGUCCAGUCUGCCUGGGCUUUCUGAAGGAUCACCGAAUUCUGCCGUGCUCCCAUACCUUCUGCAGGGGUUGUCUAGUUUUUCUACUCAACUCUCAACAGGAUAAACAAAACAUCUCCUGUCCAGUAUGCCGAGAAACCACACCCAUUCCAGAUGGUGACGUUGGUGGAUUGCCGAUGAGCAAAGCAAUCCAGUCUAUGGUAGCGGUAGUAACGGCUGAGAGUGAAAAAGAAAUUAAUUUCAAUGAAUCACAACGAGCUGAUGUUACAUUGAAGAGACCCUGUACGUGCGAUGAACAUAUGGAUGGUGACGAGGAAUGUUUCUGCGCCAACUGCGGGAAGUACAUAUGCUACAAGUGUGGCAUUGGUGAGCAUGUGCAGGAGGGACACACGGUCAUGGAAGCUGAACGCCAUAAAGAUACCGUGAAAAGCAAUGUUGAUGAACUGUUAGCAAAAGCAGCGACAAAGAUAUGUGACAUCGAAAAAUACAUUGCCUGUAUAGCUGAACAAUGGGAAACAUGUGAGAAGGUAGAGAAGGAACUCCAUGACGACAUCAACCAAGCUUUUGAGAAAUCUGUUGCAGAGCUGAUGGAGCGUAAGGAGCUCCUUAAGAGCAAAGUUGAGAAUGAACUGAAGAAGAUGAAAACGUCAUUACUAGAAAUGGAAAAGAUCACUAAUAAGCAAGUGACAGAUAUCAACAAGGCUAGUGAGCUAGUAAGAGGGGGUUUAAAAGGUUUCCUGCAGAAAGCCUCUCCUCUGAAUGCACACGAAACCCUUUGUGAAGAGCUGGAAAAGCUUUUGAAGGAAUCAGAACCUGAUCAGGAAGGGCUAAGAAGACUGACUCACCAAAGUGAAAGCAUUCGCUUUGAAAGCGACAACCGAACAGCCAGAAAUCUCUUGGGCUGCGUUCGCCGAGGAAAACAAAUAUGGAGAUUGGUGGCAGAAAAGCAGCUACCAUUAGCCAAUAGUAUGAAUACUCUGGCUGUAUCUCCAAACAACACCAUCUCUGUUGGUUGCCAUAUGGGAGGAAUAGUCACAUAUUCUGCUGAUGGUAUAAUUCAAGGCAUAGUUCUAAAAAAUGUUAUAGUUCGUUGUUUACAAUAUAGGUCAGAUUGCUGCUAUAUCGUGCGUAAUAUAAAGAACAAAAUCUCUCUAUAUACACCAAAAUGUAAGAAGCUGGUCCUGUCAUUCUUUUCUUUGGAUGAUGAGGAGGGUGGUUCUGGUGGCCUAUCCCAGGAUCGAGAUGGUCACAUUUUCAUUGGUUAUAGGAAACUAAAAGAGAUACACAUGUAUAAUGCAGAAGGUGGAAUACCAGUCCGAAAGAUAAAGUGUGAUGGAUACGAACCUCGGCAGAUCUUCUCAUUGUUGACAAGCAACAGGAUCUUGGUGAAGGAUUCGAAUACCAUAAAGGUGAUCAACAGUAUAUCAGGAACCAUCCUGCAUAGUGUCACCAAAGAAGACCUCUCUGGAUUUCCAUGUUUGUGCACUGAUGACACGGUUCUCAUUGCAUGGGUUAACCAUGAGGAAGGUGUUGCAAAAAUCUACCUAUACACAAGUGAGCUCAAAACGAUGAAAACCAUCAUCAGCGACUUCCACUUUCAAAUCCCGGAAAGAAACUGGUACUUUCUCCAAACAUUCAAGAGUGGGGAGAUAGCUUUCUGUACACCAGACAGACUCUACAUCUUCCGGGAGUCACAAGAGUGAUACACAUCUAAUAAGUCAUCAUCCAUGCAUGUACAGCGCCGAUACACAUGAAAAUAAUUGAUAAAUCACCAUAAAUCAGUUACCAAUCCUUUGUAAACACCUCGUAUAUACACUAAAAUGAAUCCCUUCCAAUUAGUAUCCGGGAGAACAUGUCACUAAUCAGCCCUCCUGUAUAUUGCAGGCACAUCUUAGUGGAUCACUAUAUAUUUCAAGGGAUAGUAUACUUAAUUCACAAUAACUAGGUCGUACACUCUGAAUGAAAAAUAUUGGGCAAAAAUGUUCCAUGAAGAUAAUUAUGUGUCCAACCAACAUUGGGCAUUUCUUUUAUGGCAUUUUUAUUCAUCCAGUGUGAUGAAAAUUUUCCCCAUUCUAUAGUAAUUGCAGCUUAUUUUUUUUCAACCUUCCUGGACAGUACACUUCCCGCAUUGGGUAAAAACAUUGCCCCAAAUUGGUUGGACACAUAAUUACCCUCGGGCUGGUUAAAAUUUUACCCAAUAUUUUUACAGUAUGACUAAAGAAUCCUGACACUAUAAGAUCGAAAGCUUAGGCCCCUUUUGACUCUCUAAUUUACUCCAUGGGCUCUUUUUUAGAUAAGCAGUUUUCAGCAGCUUCUUUUUGCCUUUGAACUAUAAUUUUAUAUUUAUGAAUGCAAGUAACCUCGUUUGAGAAUAUAUCUUGAUCGAUGAAUUGAACUUUGGAAGAAAGCUGUAUUCCCAGAGAAACCAUGAAACAUACAUGACAUAUCUGAUGGCACUGCAAAAGUGUCGCCUAAGACUUCUGCUUGUGAAAGACAUUGAUACUUUCAUGUAGAUCAAAAUGGAAGUAUGACAUUACGCCAUUCGGAGUCAGCGAGAAUCAAGGAGAUGUUGCCGGAAUGAAAUAAAAUAAAAUCCGCCGAUAUUCGGGAGGGAUUUUCAAAUUAGAAAAAUUACCUUAAAUUUGACACCCGCAAGUCCUAGAUACUGACUAACCUUCCACCAAUACAGUGGCGUAUCUCAGAAAUCAUUGCCCAUACCAUGCCUAUUGUUACAAAAAUUAUUUGGAUUGAAAAGAUAUACACCUACUA